AUAUACAUGUGGAUUUUUUCAGAGCCCAGAGGAACGAAUACAUCGCCGGCUUCGCUCUGCUCCUGUGUUUGCUGUUGAGACGUCUGGCCACACUGCUGUCUCAGCAGGCUACACUGAUGGCCUCUAAUGAAGCCUUUAAAAAGCAGGCGGAGGGAGCAAAUGAUGCUGCGAAAAAGUACAUGGAGGAAAAUGAGAAACUGCAGGAGAAACUGCGGGAAGCGGGCAUUGAAGUGCCUGAAGUGGGUGGGAAGGCCAAGGGUAGCGUGGAGGAGAAUAAGAAAAAUCUGACAGAAGAGGUCAGAAAACUGAAGGAUGAACUCGAUGCAACAAAGAAAGCUCUUCUGAAGUCAGACAGCGAUGUGAAGGCCAUGAAGAAGCAGGCUGAGAACCUCACAGUGGAGUACGACCGUCUGCUGGAGGAACACGGCAGACUGCAGGCCAAGUGCGACUCUCAGCAGGACAAGAAGUCAGACUGAAAGAACAUCAUCAUGCACCUGCUCUCUUUCCUGCAUCCUCAUUGGCUGAUAGCAGCUCAGCUGGCUGCGCAUCACUCCUCUGGCUGUGUAAGAACAGGGUUCCGUUCUUAAUUCAUGCGCUUUCACGUGAUCCAUUAAAGCCUCUGCAGGGUUUUCACACACUGUUAUAUGUUUUCUUUCGGUUUUUGCUGUGAACUUCGUGUUUAAUUUUUAUUUCAAGUGUUUUAGUUAUAAACUAUCAGUUUAGAAUUGAAUAUCAGCUGACAUGAGUAUUACAUUUCUUGAUGUGUCAGUUUGUAUGUCAGGUACAUUGAGCCUCAUCAAUGAAACACAAGGAGAGUGAAUUUAUGUUUACCAAAAAAUUUUACAAAUUUACUAUCCAAGAUGUAGAUGAGUUUGUUUCUUUAAAAAGUCUAAAUUUGUGUUACAAAAUGCUUUUUGCUUCACAAGAUGUUAACUGAUAGGAUUAUUUUCAUGGUUUAUCAGCUGUUUGGACUCAUUCUGACGGCACCCAUUCACUGCAAAGAAUCCUUUGGUAUUUGUUUAAAUAGCCAUAUUGAAUUGAAUGCCACAAUUUACAUAAGCCUGAUUUUUACAGACAGUUUACAUAAAUUCAUUCAGCUUGGGAUUCAAAAAUGAGUCACAUUGGUUAUAUGGAAGGACCAAGAAAAAAUGUACAGGAUAUUCUAGACGAGAUGUUUUUGAUAUGGUAAUUGUUGGGUUUCAAUUUUUUUUAUUUGUUUUAAUUAACUACUACAAUUUUCUUGCCUUAUGGGACAAACCUUGAGUCUUUCAUUAUGAAUAUGGAGAUUUGGUUGCAGUACAGAUGCAUGUCUUUGUUAAUUUUAGAUGUUUGAUUUACAGGGUACACAACACUUUACACCUAAUAAGCACUUCAGAAAAUCCCUCCAGUUUACGAUCGACGAGCCUUAUUUGUCAUUUUGACUGUCGCACGUCAUGCUACAGGAAGAUAUUUUUGUGUUUCAUUUUGUCUUGGGUGUGGGAUAGCUCAUAUUUUGGGAGCUAUUGUAGAGCAGAGUGAAUAAACUGCUUCUUUCCAGUCCUGUCUGGUUUGAGGCCACUGAGUUGGUAUAAUCUGAUAUGAGCCCGGCAGGGCUGUUACAGUGGGUGAGAACGCUGCUUUGGCAGGAACAGUUAAGCAUCCACAGAUGAUAUUGUGUUUCAAAACAGCGCACUGUAUCUCUCGUCCUCUAGGUAUUGAAAUGAUAUUAAUGUCACAUUUGAGGGCCAGGUGUUCGUUUUGCAUUUAACACGCAGAUAAUGUUUAUUAUCGCUGAAGGUCACCGGGUUGAACUCUGUUCACUUGCUGUUUUACAGUUUAAGUGCCCCGGGUUUCUUUGAUUCUUUUCUGGCAUGUGUAAAUAAUAUCUUUGCAAUCUUAGAGCAGUGCGACCUGAAAAAGAAUGACAUCAUAGUCGUGUUAAAAUAGGGAUCUGUGGGAACAACGUUAGUGCUGUUUUGGGCUCCCUGGGGAAAGGGCAUCGGGAUCGCUGGCGAAGUGUCGGAUAAUUCAUAGUCAAGAGCUCCUGGACGGUUACCUGAGAAUGUGAGGAAUGACAUCUGCUACUGUGACUCUAGUUUACUAUUUCAUGCGCUCAACGAUUGGUUAGAUUAGUGAAAUGUUAACCAGAGCACCAGUUCAUAAAAUGUCAGUGUAUACCUGAACAUUAAAAUGGCAGGAGUUCAUUUUAAUAGUUUAGAGGUCAUGUCAUAUGUAAUUUUCAAACCCGUAAAUAAACAAGUGAACUGUAUAGUACUGUUAAAGGGGCUCUUUCUUAAUAUGCAUUUCCAAAUGUAGCUUCUUCUUUCUUAUAUCAGGUUUUUACUUUGAGUUCUUGCAAAAAAAAAAAAAAAAACACGAUGAACGUGAUUGUGUAGUUGUGUGUAAUGCACGGUUCUGAUUGUGCUGUUAUCUGCCUCGAAUGUCUUCAGGAAAGUUUUGUCUGCAAUAAUGUCAAUCUGCAUUAUUUCACUACGAAAUUUUGAGUAUUGUGUGUUCUGGUGAUGUGCUUUAGUUGGGAUGUUAAAAAACCAAACCAAUAAAUUCUACUUCAUUUAUCUUG